GAGGCGCGGGAGCGCUCCCUGGGCGCCCUGCCGCAGCACUCGCCCCGGCAGAAGCACCGCGAGUCCGCUCACGUGGGCCUCGCCGUGAGCCAGGGCGUGGCAGAGGCCGCGCCCCACCCCGCCACGGCGCGGGAGCGCUCCCUGGGCGCCCUGCCGCGCCCGAGCGUCGUGCCCGUGCCGAGCGAGGGGCCUGGCAUCCCGCACGGGGUGCCGAUGAGCUCGGCCCAGGGCGUAGACAUGGGCCCGGGGAAUUGGUCGGUACCCGAGACGGUCCGUGGCGAACCCAUCCUCGAAAAAGCUCUGGGCUGCCUCUGCCUCUUGACGUGCGGCGUGCUCCGCGCCGACGUGGUCUGA